AUGAUUCAAAUUCUGCAUUUCAACCUUCGUCAGUUCGACACGGAUGAAUUGGUUGCAGAGGUUGAGAAGCGCAACCGACUCAAACUUCUUUUGCCUUGGCUUGAAUCCCGCAUUCAUGAGGGCUGUGUGGAGCCAGCUACGCACAAUGCAUUGGCCAAGAUCUACAUUGAUUCCAACAACAACCCUGAAAGAUUUCUUCGGGAAAAUCAAUUCUAUGACAGCCGCGUUGUUGGCAAGUAUUGUGAGAAGCGAGACCCGCACUUGGCUUGCGUUGCAUAUGAACGGGGACAAUGUGAUCAGGAGCUUAUUCGCGUCUGUAAUGAAAAUUCGCUCUUCAAAACUGAGGCUCGAUAUCUCGUGCGUCGGAAAGAGCCGGAACUUUGGGUUGAAGCUCUUAAUGAUGAAAAUGCU